AGAGAGAGAGAGAGAGAGAGAGAACGGGUGGUCCACUUUCAACGCGGAAGAAAAUCGAGGGUGCGAGAGAAUGGUGAUAGUGGUGCUGUGCUGUGUCUUGUUAUGACCUCGAAGCUCGCGAACUAUUUUUCUUGGAUCCGAGCAACGCCCGUUUUCCGAGAUAAAAGAUCUUUCUAAUCUGUCGUUGAGUUGAGAAACGGGACGAGAAGGUAGUUGCAGAGAAAAAGGAAAGAAAGAGAGAUAGAUAUAACGACACAGCAUACGAGUAAAGGGAAAGAGAGAGAGAGAGAGAGAGAGAGAGAGAAAGAGAGGGAGGUCGCGGCGACCGAGUUAAAGCGCGAACGCGGAACACGGGAGUGUCGUCCACCAUUUUGGGUGCGCGAGGUUAUUCGAUGCGUGCAUGGAUACAUCAUUCGAAAGGGACUUAUGUCCUUGUUCAUUGGCGAACAAUGAAGAUCGGUAAAUAAGAAUGGUGUGUUCGUUAAAGGGCUCGAACAGGUACGGUGUCGUAACGAUGAAAAUCGUGGAUGCAGGUGUCGUGUCGUGAAUUCGAACGGACGGAGUUCGAAGGUGGUGCUGGAUUCGUGGAUAUCGUUUGUCUCUAGUGGUUAUAUUGUGCGCUAGAUAAAAGGGCUGACGAUAUAUUCGUCGUGUUUUCUCGAUCGUAUUUCUUACGAUUCGUCGAACGUAACUAUAAAGCAAAUGUAAAAACGGAAAAGAAGGAAGAAGGAAAAGGAAAGAGAGAGAAGAGAGAGGGAGAAAGAAAGAGAGAAAGAAAGAACGAGAGAGAGAGAGAGAGAUAACUAAGAGCGAAUUAAAGAAGGAAGGAUAUUAAUAUAUAUAUAUAUAUAUAGUGAAGGAGAAAAAGAGACGGAGAAAGUACGCGCGCAUUUGUCAUUGGGUAAACUUGCGAUCGUUCGUAUUCGCGAGUUUUCGUUUCCCGAUCGUGCUGCGUGUUCAGACAGGUGGACAUAGAGUACACGCAUCCUGAAAAAGAGAAAGAAAGAAAGAAAGAAAGAAAGAGAGAGAGAGAGAGAGAGAGGGAAAGAGAAAGAAAGAAAGAAGGAGGGAGAGAGAAAGAAAAGAAAGACAUAAAGUGAAGGCGAGAGUGGAUGUCUUUGUCUUUCGAUGAUCGUGAAGACGACGACGACGAGGAGGGGGAAGAAGAAAACCAAGAGAGACGAGCACGACGAGAGGAGUACGUUCGCUCGAUUGCAAAGCUGCCGAACGCGAGAAGAACGAGAGAGCGGGGAGGAGGUUCGUUAGGACAACCAUCAAGAGAGAGUAUGACGUUACGCGGGUGAAAUCGGCUCGGCCGAAAGAGGAAGAAAAAAUCCGUGGUAUGCGUAAACCAAAGGACGACGAGGGCAGAGGCGUAAAGCAUGGCGCAGUAGCGCUCGUUCUCGGUAUUACCUUUGGUUCAAAGGGUGUCGGAGAGGGUCUACUCGCUCUGGAGCGCAUCGAGGGCCGAACGAACGGCCGGUGAGCACCGCAACGGGGCGAGCAACCCCGUUGCCUCGGUCAACGUCUACAAACCACCCUCGAGUCUGUUACCGUCGACGAACAGCAGAACAGAUGUCCUGACAGCGGGCCCCGGGCCACCAGGAUGCCGACAGACGACGACUAUGGCCGAAGAGAACGUCACCUGUUGCACCAGCACCCGAUUGCCCAGUACGGGCCCUCGUCAUCCCCGAUUCCAGGGCCCAAUAGCGGAAAUUCCGGGAAUGUCGGGACACAAAUCGCUGCCGUUAAUCCAACCGAUUGCUUUAAACAGCAGCAGCAGCAGCAGCAACAGCAGCAACAACAGCAGUCCGAAUCGCGAUCAACGCCAACCAUCACCGGUACAUCGAGCCAAGAUCGUUAUCAAACCGAUCAGCAAGUUCAGAGCAGCGAUCACAGCGAGUAUGGAACUCGGGAGAGAAUCGCGGCGAUCGAUCGGCACGACAAGUCAACGGACAAGCCUUCGAUCGAGGAUUAUACCAAAUCCAGUGUCGAGACUCGAUCGGUACAAUCGAGCUGCGAGCGAUUCGGACAUUACCAAAAUCAGGAGAGAUUUGGUCAAUCCAGCUUGCAAGCACAUCACCAGUAUAGCGGAAGACAAGGCGGUGUUACGGGCCAAUCCUUGUCGCAGAACGUCCUUGUCGACCGAUUCGCUCGAUUCACUGAUCUCAGCAACUUGCAUGCAGAACAAAGAUUGUCUUUACCUCCAGGAGAUCGGUUUCAGGUCGCUAGCGGCGGUGAAUUGCGUUUCCAUCACGUCAGCAACGAUUCCGGGCUCGCAUCAACGAACAACGAGUACGCGAACGCAAACGUCCUCGUAUCUUCCUGCACGUCGAGCUCCUUCUCGUCGGAGACCUUUCCGUCGCCACCCUCACCGGCACCAGCCAACGAUCGGUUCGUACCGCCACCGCCUCUCUCGCCCAGCCCAAGCGAGAAGUAUGCCUCGUCCCAGAGCCUGGCUGGUUAUCCUCCUCCUGAUAGGAUUUUGCCCCCCGGUUCUCCGGGCGCCAGAUAUGGCGGUGGAACAGCACCAGCCUCGCCUAUGCCAGCGAAGGACCGAUUCAUUUCGGGUGAACGAUUGCUGGCCAAUCAACAGCCGAACGGCAACGCGACGAGCGUGCACGAUGUCAAGGAUCAGCAACGAUACGGCAGUGGGAAUGGGGAUCGUCUCCUGUCGGGAUCGUCGCCAGUGUUGGGAGCCCUUCAGACCAAUCUACAAAUCGACCGGAACGUCCUUGGUGGUUACAUCGGUUCGGGAAAAGAUUCCCCAGCGUCGAGAUACGGAACGAUCUCGACGGAUAGAUUAUUAUCGGCCUCGCCGAUUCACGCUCCGGUACCCGAGAGAUUCGCUGGAAAGUCCUCGUCCGACAGAUACACUGGACACGGCGAGUCACCGAUCCACGAACGGUAUCACCGUUCCCAACAAGAGACGUCGGCGAGUCUACACCACGAUCGCUACAACUCGAUCGCAACGAGCAGCGAAAGAUUUUUCCCGAUUCCCACGUCGAAUACCGAAGGGUCGCAUCAAAGAUAUUCAGCGACGGAGAGAUCUCUUCAGGUACCGAACGCAACCGAUCAGAAUAGACGGCUCUACGCCGAUAGAUCGGUCGAGGCUGUUUGCCAAAAAUAUUCCGAAAGAGCGAACGGUUCGAAUCAAGUUGGUAACGCGGAAUAUGGUAGAUACUCGGCCUUUCAAGAGGUCAGAUUCAACGAGCUCGCGCUUCAAAGAACCUGUGGACAGGGACGUCCCGGAAACGAGAGAUUCUCCGUCGGUGGAGUCGCUUAUCUCGCGGCUUCCUCCCCAGGACACGACGUUAGGCCCUCGAAUGCCGGAGAAACGUCGUCGGCGUCCAACAGAUACGUCGUCGCAGACUCGAACCCAACCGAACGUAUCCUGGCCGCGACGUCGUCUUCACCGUCGUCGUCUUCGGAAACUGGAGCGCGCUAUCAUUCGCCGUACACGAAUGCCAAUGGCAUCCAAUCGUCAUCGGCGACGACGGGCAACGAUCGGUGCUACUCAUCGAUUUCACCGACCCCAGAAACGUCAGCUUCGGUACUCCGCGGAACCGUUGCAAAUCCUGGACCACCUGGAAGCUAUCAAAGCACGACGAAAAACGGAGAUAAGUUCCUCCAAGUGUCGAAGUCGGUCCAGAGCUAUACCAACGACAGAUACUCGCUCGGGAACGAGCAUCAGUUUGACAGAUCGGUUCAAGACCGAUACGACAGGUUUCCGGGGUCAGGAGGGUCAAACGAUCGAUUCUCAUCGUCUAAUACCACUCCUGACCGCUUUCACCCUACUUCUGAUCGAUACUCUCCGGCACGUAACGUCGCGGACAAGUACCUGUCUCUACCGAAACCAAAAGAUAGGUUUACCGGUAGGAUAGCGCCGAUCUCUAGCUGCACCAACUCUUCCGUCGUUCCUACGUCGACCGAUAGGCCCUACGGAUCGUCGAGUACAGGCACUUAUGUACCGCCGACGGCUCACACUCCGGUCGAACGGUAUGUGCCGCAACCACCUCCGGAGGUGCUCUAUCCGGACAGGUACGUGGACAGGUACGUACCACCGGUUGCCCAUACCCCAACGGAUCGUUACGUUCCCACCAAUGACCCCGGUGAUCCGUACAUGAGGAGAGAUUUGGGCUUCCAUCAUCAUUACCGGCUACCACCACCAGCCGGAUAUCCGUACCACCAGGCACACUUCCGGUUCCGCGGUUUCGCCUACGCGUCACCGGCUCGUCUAGGUGGAAGUCCAGGUUCCAGUAGCUCGAGUAGCUCUGCAACAUCGAAUCAGAGAGGUGGAGGAGACAGCUUCUCGACGUCACCGUUGCUCAGGCCGAAGUUACGCACGUCUGCGGUUGAAUUUACGACUAAUUCUGCUGGCAUCGUAGCGAGACACGUUUGCGCCAAUCCACCAGCUUGCUGUAACGAAGCUACAAAUCCUAAUGGACAAAGGCCAUGCUGUCAACCAAUAAGAAGAUCUCUCCCACCUGGUGCUCUACCAUCGAUACCGACGCAAUCAACUCAUUCUUCUUGGCAACCGUCGCCGAGUUCUGGCACGACGGUAACAUCAACGAUCUCGUCGAAUGGCGGCGAUGGCGAUGGCAAUCAAGUGAUCGGCAUGUAUGCUGUUGGUACAAGCGUUCCAACGUCGACGGAGACGUCAACGAUAACGCCGGUAACGACAGCAUCCUCGUCUAUCCAGAUGACCGGAAGUACCGCGAUCGGUACUCAUUCAGCCACAAAUAUUACGAGAAGCGUGUCCGCACCAACGGCACCAAGGCCACACGUUCAAAUUACUAGCUCGGCUAGCGUUUCUGCUAACAAUUCGCAAAGGCCACGACUAAGGAGAAACAUGAGUCGUACCGAAGCCAUUCGAAAUUACAUCAAGCGUGAAACCGCACAAUUCUUUGGCGUCGACGAAGAAACCGAGACCGCGGAAAAGCAGAGAUGGUUGGAUAGACGACGACGGAUGGCGUCGAGGAAGUACGGUGCUCUGGUGCCGGAACAUAGACCACCGGAUCCAGAUAUUACGAGGGACGUACCGGAUACCACCGACAUACCCGAGGGCGUGACGUUGAGACGAUGGCAACAACCUGUACGUAGGAAAGACUCCGUAGCAAGGAUGACACUGUCGGGACUUCACUACGUGGUAGAGUCACUGACGAGACAACGUCCAAGAGAAAGAUCUCGAACAAGGCCAGAAUCUCGAAGCUUUCCGCCAAGCGUAAUUGCCUAUCUGUCAAGAACAGAGGGUGUAACAUCUCCGGAAAACGGCCAGGAAGAAGAAGAAUCCUUUUUUGAAAGGCCACCCCCUCCGCCACCACCAUUACCACCGCCGACUUUGACAACGAGUCAGCAACAAACCCAAACGCAAAUCGAACAGACUGCUGGCGGAUUGACUAAACCUGAGGAUGUCGAUGGCAAGAUUGAAAUUCGAGAUUCAGCGAACGAACGUGAGACGAGCGAGGAAUUGGAGAGAUUCGCACAGCAAAAUGAGGACAGGAGUACGAUCGACGGACAAAUUAGGAGACCUCAUCAGGUCACGAGGGACCAUUAUACUUCAAGGUCGAAAUACGGCGGUCCAUUGAGGGAAGACAAAAGGAUGCAGCAGGACGAUGGUGUCACUCUGAGAAGGGAAAUGACCGGUGGUACGAGAAUCUCGCCUAGUACCAUCGAUCGUGUCUUCGAUAAUAGUAAUCGACGGCAAUAUGGCAUGGGAAUCGUUGGUCGAUUUUUCGGAAGAUCCUUUCGAAAGAGUAUAACCAACAAACCGGAAGUGAGAAAGCAAUUGGACGAUUUCGAGGAUCACAGACCUUACUUUACAUAUUGGAUCACGACCGUGCAGGUUCUCAUUCUAAUAAUAUCUUUAGCAUGUUAUGGCUUUGGACCUGUUGGGAUGGAACUCAAUCAUAGAUCAGCGAGAGUUUUGGUAACGAGCUUAUCGUUACAAGAAGUCGAUUAUCAAGAGCCUGCAAAUUUCUGGCUCGGACCAAGAGCCGCAGAUUUGAUACAUCUUGGUGCAAAAUUUGCUCCGUGUAUGCGCCGAGAUAUUAAAAUAUUGAAGGAGAUCGACAUUUGGAGAGAAAGAGAACGAGAUACUGCUUGCUGUAUCAGAAACGAUGAUUCCGGUUGUGUGCAAUCGAGUAAAGCCGACUGCUCAGUCCGAGGAUUGAAAUCAACGAUUACGAACACGAUAUCGACCUGGAAAAAAUGGGGCCCUGGAGACAGUGGACCUGGUGGACGAAUAAGUGGAUCCGUUUGUGGUUUGGAUCCAAAAUUUUGUGAUGCUCCAGCUAGCAUAGCUCCGUACGAAUGGCCAGAUGAUAUCACUAAGUGGCCCAUCUGUCGAAAAACUAAUCCGUUCAGUCAGCGCUACAACAAAAAUUUGAAUCAAAGAGGAAAUGGAAACUUUCCGAUCGGUCGAUACAAAGACAAAAUGGCGGAGCACAUGGUUUGCGAAGUGAUAGGACAUCCCUGCUGUAUCGGUAUUCAUGGAAUGUGUCGAAUAACAACAAAGGAGUAUUGUGACUUUGUCGGUGGUUAUUUUCACGAGGAAGCAUCCUUGUGCUCCCAAGUCGAAUGCCUCCACGACGUUUGCGGUAUGAUACCGUUCCUCCAUCCUGAAUGGCCGGACCAGUUCUAUAGAUUAUUCACUACGACCUUCCUUCAUGCUGGAAUUCUACACCUGGCAAUCACAUUACUGAUUCAAUAUUUCUUGAUGAGAGACUUGGAGAAGCUAACGGGCUCGUUGCGUAUCGCUUUGAUCUACUUCGUGGGCGCGUUAGCUGGAAAUCUGGCCAGUGCGAUAUUCGUUCCUUACAGAGCGGAGGUUGGUCCAGCUGGAGCACAUUUUGCAUUGCUCGCCACUCUAGUCGUAGAGGUCCUGCAUUGCUGGCCAAUGCUGAAACAUCCAAGGCGAGCACUUUCAAAGUUAAUCUGCAUACUUUUGGGUCUCCUAAUACUCGGUGUUUUACCCUGGAUCGACAACUAUGCUCAUCUCUUCGGCUUUAUCUUCGGCUUCCUUGCGGCUUACGCCUUCAUGCCUUUCAUAUCUUUCGGGCACUACGAUAGACGUCGUAAAAUCUUUCUUAUUUGGGUUUGCCUCGUACUCAUAGUCGGUCUCUUCGUUCUCCUUCUUACCCUCUUCUACAACGUCCCCGUCUACGAGUGCGAGGUCUGCAAGCUCUUCAAUUGUAUACCCUUUACGCGCGACUUUUGCGCCUCGCAAAAUAUCAACAUCAAGAGGGAGGAGCCCGUAUGACACACGGGGCCGCGGUUCAAAGUCGAGCGCGAAGUACCGUUCGGCCCCCGAUCCUACGCUCGUUCUCAUCCUACAACAUUAACAACAACAAUAAUAACAACAACAACAACAGCAACAACAACAACAACAACAAUAACAGUAACAACAAGCCAAGAAUUCUCGAUCCAACGGAUUCUCUUAGCCUUUUUGGCUAUAAUCCUCUCGAAUCCUCCGUACGAUCGUCAUCUACAAAGAUUUUCUUCCCACGAUACCUUCAAUCACGGUUGAUCGAGGCCCAAUGUUGUCUCUUUUUUUUUUUUAAAUCCUACGAAAAAAAAAAAAAAGAAAAAGAAAGAAAAGAAAAGAAAAGUAACGUUAAACCGUAGCAUAGUGUCUCGGAGAAGUGUAAGAUCCGAUAAAAUGGCGAAUGAUCGACGACGAUCGAAAAGAUCCACCAUGUUAUUUCAAUGCUUUUUUCUAUUCGUCUUCGCCCACUGCCAAGAAAAUGCAACCGCGAAGAACGACUACGAUGGCGACUAAUGAGAUCUCUCGAGAUGAAGAACCGACAUAAUGCCUUAAACAAGUAUAAUCGCGUACUUCCUCGUCGUUCUUCUCCUUCUCGAGUAAAAAUAUUUAAAAUUCUCGAUUUUGGAACGAUAUGAGCCUCGAUGGGAUGUAAAUAUAUAUAUUUGCGUAUUAUUAUAUAUUAGCGUUCCAACGUUUCUUUUUCUUUUUUUUUUUUUUUUUUAUUUUUUUUUCGACGAGAUAUCACGAAUGUAAUAAGCACGAUCUUUGAGGAUUCGUCGAGGAGAUAACUGCCGAUCCAAGAGAAUCCGUUGAGACACGAGCGUUCAUCUCUUUUGGUGUGUGUUAAUAUUAAAAGAAAAAAAAAAAAAAAACAACAAAAAAACAAAAAAAGGAAAAGAAGAAAAGUGAGUGUAAAUAGAAUAAAAAAAAAAGAAAAGAAGAGAGAGAAAGAAAAAAAAAGAAGAAAAGAAAAUAGAAGAAAGUGAGGAGAAGAGAACGGGGGGAGGGGGGAAUGAAAAAGAAAUGAAACAAAACUCUUGUUACAUACGUUCUAAUGCUCUAAUGGACGCGACGAUUAAUGAAAAUAAUAAUUAUAGGGAGAAUCUUUGAAAGUGUGCACGUCUUUUUUUCGUCUCACACAGCACGGCGUAGCCGUAUCUCGUAUGAUGUACCUCCGACACACUGGAACUAUCUGUGAUGGACCACACGAUCGACUACGGAGAUAUUUUUAAAUAGUUGUACACGAUAGAUAGCGAGAGUGCAACACAUCAUCGUGAGGGCUCGAGGAAUCGCCGAUAUAUGAUGAAUUGUUAGAGAGGAGAGCUUGAGGUCGGAUGAGCUUAAUUUUAAGAGUCGGAGGGGAGACACACGACACAAGGAGGAAAGUGUUAAAAAUUAAGUCUACGAUGAAACGAAUCACAAUUUUUUAUAAUGGCGCGAAGAAAGAGAGGGAUAUCAGAACUCUUAAUCAAUUUUCGAAACUUGUACAUAUAAUUACAUAUGCGAGAACGAGCGAGCGAGCGAGAGAGAGUGAGAGAGAGGGAGAGAGAGAGAGAGAGAAAGAGAGAGCGAGCGAAAGAAAGAGAGAAUGCGAGAAAAUGGGACGAAUGGAAGCGUGUUUACGCGAAGCGUUUCAGUCGAAUCGACUAUGAUUAACGUAAUAUUGUAAAUGUGUAUUUUAUUAUAACGGGUAUGUAAGAUGUAAUGGCAAAAUAAGCAGCUGGUCCGAGAUCCGUGAUUUUAUUCGUCUCUGCAGCUUAACGAGUUUUAAGGCGUGUUUACGUUUAACGAACUAGAGCUAGCGAGAACAGAAAACGGAAAUAAAAUGUGCCACAAUGUGAAAAUGAUCGAGCAAGCAGGUUGAAAAGAAUGAUACGGCAACGUUCGUACGAGGGUGAUUGAAUGAAGCAUUUUUCGAAAGAUCGCUUAUAAACGUCAUUUUUAUCUCCAUCGUAUCAAUAAAUUAUCGUCUUGUAUAAAUCGUUAGUCAUUAAAUCUUUUUCGUUAGAAUUGUAAUUGAUUUUUCUUUUCUUUAUUUUCUUUUUUUGGUUCUCUUUCUUCUUUCUUUUUUUUCUUCCUGUUUACUUCGAAUUUAUCAACAUUCCCAAUCGCGUUAUCUAAAAAUUGUUUCGUCCAGAUCACCCUCGUAUAUUUCUACCUGCGUAUAUAAAGUUUUGCAACCUCCUCUGAUAUAGCACGCUCAAUUAAGGAUUGAUUCUUUCGUUGCCACAGCUAAGUCAAUCAUUCUAUUCGUUUACUACUUGAAAAUUAUUCUGAAAAGAAUAGCAAUUCUUGUCUUCCUAUUGUGUUCAACAUUUUUCUUUUUUAUUGUCUUUAAAUUUUAAUUAUACCUAAUACUUAUAACUUUUAAUCAAUAAUAAUUAAGAUUUCUUUUCAUAAUAUUAUAUAUGCAAUAGAAAGCUUGACAACACAAGUAUAACAAAUUUAAAUUACUUGAUAAGAAAACUUUUGCAUAUGCUUUCUGACUAUCUAUCAUUAAUCACCGCAUAUUCCCUUCUAUUAAUUUAAUCGUAUGUAUGAUUGACACAAUGCUGGGCACAAAACCGAAUUCUCGUAUUUUAGCGUAGAAGCGUAAGAUUAACAACAAUAACAAGAAACAAUCUCCCCCCAUCCCCUACAUCACGCUCGUACAUCCAAUAGUAUGCUAACUUAACUUAUAUUGCGCAAGAAGAGUACUGCCUAUUGCAGUCUACAUAUUAACGUAACGAUCAUUAUGAUUAUAUGAUUACUAUUGAUUAUUAUUAUUAUUAAUUAUUAUUAUUAUUGUGAUUAUUAUUAUCGUUAUUAUUACUUAACAGAAUAAUUACAUCCUCGUGUAAUAAAGGAUACAAGAAAGAAAUAUGAAAGAAGAAAUCUAAUUUAAUGCGAGAGAGAGAGAGAGAGAGAGAGAGAGAAUGAAAGAAUGAGAGAGAGAGAGAGAAAGAGAGAGAGAGAGAGAGAGAAAGAGAGAGAGAGAGAGAGAGAGAGAGAGAGAGUAUGAUGUGCGAAUUGUUCAAUAUUAAUGACACGUUCGAAAUUUUGUGAUAAACGAAUAUAUAAGGGACAUAAAAACCAAAAGUGAAUGAAGCUAAGCUACGUAUGAAGCCAUAAAUGCAAUGAGUAUCGAUAACACACAUGAAACUUUUCGGAUUAUACAUAUAUAAAUAAAUAUAUAUAUAUAAUAUAUAUAAUAUAUAUAUAUAUAAAAAUAUAUAUAUAUAAAUAUGAAUAUAAACAUACGAAGAAAAUGAAAAAGAAAUAAAAAAAGAAAACGUAUGCCGAUUAAUGGAAGCCCAGGUGUACCGUGGCGAUUGUCGACGAGUAACAUAUUGUUAUUAUUGUAAAUGUGUCAUAUACAUACAUAUAAUAGCAUGCGUAAAAGAAAAAAAAUAACAAACGGAAAAAAUGCCACCACAUGAUAUACACAUACAAACACGUGAUGACACUCACACGCAUACAUGCACGCGCGUGCGUGUGCGCGCACAUACACACACAUACACAUGUUAAGAAAAAACAUGACACACACAGUGAAUGAGAAAAAUAAAAUUGAGAACCUUCGA